AUGAAUUCUCAAAAUCAUUCAAGGAAAGAUAGUUUUCAAGCUUUAAAGUCCCUAACUCAGGAUCAAGUAGAAACUUCACAAAGAGCUAAAACAUUUAGGGGAAAAGUAAUUGUUAAAUACAACAAAAUAGCGUACCUCUGUCAUUUGUUUGGGGAGGAUGAUCUCUUAAUUAACACGUACUCUAAGUGUCUUGAGCUUUCUUUGCGUAUCCAGGCAGCAGUGGAAGCUCACGAUCCUUAUUUUCGAGAAAAAAGAAACGCAGCUGGAAAGCUAGGAUUGUCUUCUUUACAGAAGAUAACAGCUUCCUUAAGGAUGCUUGCUUAUGGUGUAACCGCAGAUUUUAUGGACGAGUAUGUUAGGAUUGGAGAAUCCACAGCUAUAACCAGUUUGAAGAAAUUUACAAGAGCGAUAAUUUCCAUAUUCGGUGCGGAAUAUUUGAGAUCCCCAAAUGGCAAUGAUAUUGCUAGAUUACUAGCGAUUGGGGAAAAUCGAGGCUUUCCUGGAAUGUUGGGAAGUAUUGACUGUAUGCAUUGGAAAUGGAAGAAUUGUCCGAGUGCAUUGAAAGGUAUGUACACUGGUCAUAUCCACGAACCCACACUCAUCUUGGAAGCUGUAGCUUCCUACGACCUUUGGAUAUGGCAUGCAUUAUUUGGUAUGCCUGGUGCUCUCAACGACAUCAAUGUGUUAGACCGAUCCAAUGUCUUCUCUGAACUUACACAAGGUCGUGCACCUGCAGUGGACUUUUAUGUUAAUGGCAAUCAAUACUCAAUGGGGUAUUAUUUAGCUGAUGGAAUUUAUCCUUCCUGGACAACUUUUGUGAAGACAAUACCGGCACCACAAAAUAACAAGACAAAACAAUUUGGAAUUCAUCUUGCUUCUCUAUCUCUAUCUUUGCCAUAA